AGAAACUAAAAUCUCUCGGUGACGAAAUUAGGGGUUCGAUACGAAAUCACAUCCAUUUCCGUCUCCAUCUCCAUCAUCAAAAAUGUCAGAACCUGCACGCAAAAAGAAGAAUCCAUCGAUGACGAUACCAGAUUGGACUCUUCUACCUGGAGAGCUUCUUCACGUCAUCUCCACGAAACUCCACAACUGUUUCGACGUCCUCCACGCUCGCUCCGUCUGCACCUCGUGGCGAUCUUCAUUCCCCUUUCCCGAACAUCGAUUAACACGCCCGACUCACUCUCUCCCUUCCUUCGCCGAGUUUCCUUACGAAAGCGACGACUUCUGCACUCUCGAGAAGGUCCCUAUCUUCCUCUUCAGAGCCAAAACUCGUCCGAUUUUGCCUUCUCUCUAUUUCAUAGGCGGAGUAAUCAAAGAUGAGCAGAACUCAUCUCAGACUCAGAGCUGCUCGUUGAAAGUGAAGGUUCACGAAAGAGUACUCGACGUGGCGAACAUUCUCGAUUUUCAGAUCUUCCCUUUAGGUCAUCACUACCGAGUGAUCGGAUUUGAUCCUAGAGAACCGACGUCGGCUUACAGAGGCGUUGCUGUUAUUCCAGGGAAAGGAGAUGAUGACUAUCUUCUUCUCCUUAACUACACUAAACUUCUGUAUAUCUUUAGAAGCGCUGAAAUGAAGUGGAUCGGUAUUGAGGAGUUCUCAGAUGAUACAUUCUAUGAAGUCGUUGCGUUUCGAGGCAUGUUUUAUGCGUCUUUUGUUACCGCGGGGGUUUUCGUUUUGGAUCCUUAUUUGAUGGAAGUCACUCCCCUGAUGCCUUCCCCGCCUCUGCAGCACGCGAUUAAUAUCAAUAACUUGGUUAAAUGUGGUGAUGAUGAUGAUGAAUUGUUUCUUGUUGAGAAGUUCUACCCGUUUCCUGAUCCGACUAUAAUUGAUUUUGGUUUGUUUAACUGUAGAGUGAGUAGGCUCGAUGAGAAAGCUGGUAAAUGGGUUGCGGUUAGUGAUUUGGGAGGGCGUGUGUUGUUUAUUGGACACUUUGGGAAUGUUUGUUGUUUGGGUAAGGAGCUUCCUGAUGGUUGUGGUUUGAGUGGGAACUCGAUUGUGUACACCAGUGAGCGAGGCCGUGUGACAUUCGCCUAUAAAUAUACACGAGGAGAAGGAGACGGCCUUGGUAUUUGGAGAUUGUCUAGAGAGUUUCGUGUGUCGAUUCUCAGUACUUCUCCUGUGGUGGCCCUCCGGGUUGAGCGUCCACCUGUGACUCCUACUUUGGCUACUUGAGACAUCCGUUGGCAUUUUGUGAUCUCUGGUUGGUAUUAUUCGCUGAAAGAUAGAUUCAUGAGUUUGUUAAAACAUGUGGGAAUUUGAGAAAGUUUGGAAUCCUAGAAACUAAAAACAAGUCUUUAGUUUGGUUGUAUAUCUUACUCUUGUGGCCCAUCUAACGACGUUACUACUGUAGAAAGUUUAUAAUGAGAAUUUAAAAGGUGAAGAAUUCAGAGCCAUCAGA